CUUGAACAAAGUAAUCAACCAUUUUCAAGUAUACGUAAAAGAUGAUUAAGUGUUGAUGUUGUGUGAAGAAAACCACAAUGCGAAUUUAUAAAAUAUGUAUCAAGUUUCCAUAUUGCACUAGAAAGUCACAUUAGAAAAAAAAAGAAGAUAUUUACAUAAUUUUAGUUGAAUAAAACAUAAAAUAAUUGUUGUUAUAAACGAAAGAAAACUCUCAUUAUGUACUUUAAUAUUCGAUGAAUUUUUAUUGACUUGAUCAAUUUAAAUAAACAUAGUGACUAUGUCUACACUUAAGAUAUGUUAAAAAUCAUUAAAACUAUGAAUGAAAGAAAUACAAUUCUUUUCAAAUAUGGUAAAGUCAUAAGCAGUUUAGAAUGUCUAUUAAAGAUGUUAUAAAUAGUUGUAUCAUAAAAACUGAAGUGUGUGAAAUAAUAACUUUAAUAACUCCAAAACUAUACAUAACUAAAGUCAUGGAGGAAAUAGAAAUAAGCUUUAAAUCUUUAGUUUUUAAUUUGAACACUAUUUUUUUAUUCUUAUUUUGCGAAAUCACAUUAAAAGAUAUUUCUAUUUUUAACCUAAGCAAUUUUGCUGAUACAGCUACAUUUAGUAGUUCAUCAGGUAAAGUUGAACGUUCAUCAGUCCAAACUUGA